AGCAAGGUUUCUCUGUGGCAGCUUUGUUUUAACCCCACUGACAGCAAGGAGCACAUGGGUGGAAGCGGGGAUGCAGGAACCCUGGGUCUGACCCAUCACCGUUUGUGAUGGUGACCCAUUUUGGGGUGGUGGAGACGAGGGUGCAGCCCUGAUGCUGCUGUGAGAGCUGCUAAGGGGAUGUGUGUGGUCACCUGCACCUUUGUGGGGUCUCCAAAAGGGGGGGAUGAGCUGCAGCAGUGCGAUGCUUCUGGGGCUUCAGAGCAGAGUUGUCCAGCAUUGUGCAGGAUGGGCUCACACUCUGUGCUCCCUCCCACCCAUUCCACUGAGGAAUAUCAAACCUGGAGCAUAAAAGCAUCUAAAUCCCAGGGAGGGGAUGUGGGAAAGGGAACACAGGCAGCCCCAGAUGGCAGCACUGGAUUUGGGGACAAAGCCUGCCCUAUUUGGGCAGCUCAGAGCCUCAGUGCGUUCAGCACAGCCUCUCCUAUAAAUCACAAAUUGUUGUAGGCAAUAAAUGUCACCAGAACUGGUGUGGGCUCAGCUCACUGCUUGCCAUCUCCUCCGAUAGGAAAGCAAUUACCAUUCAUUGUGAUCCUAACGCAGCCAUUUAGGGGAAAAAAAUGUUAAUGCUUCUGAUGCGUUUGGUCUAAUUAAGUGAUAAUUCCCUCUGCCUGGAGCGGAAUGUGGCUGCAGUGCAGUGGGGCAUUGGGUCAGCACGUUUGGCAGCUCCUACAGCACAGCGAUGCUUUCCAGGUGAUGCUGGAGAGCCCCAGACGAAGCCUACGUGCAUAAUGGAGAGCUUCAGACCUGACCUCGAUCUGCUUUUAAGAGCAUGAAAGGGAAAAACAGCGAAUUCUUGAACUCUCCCUCUGCCAAGGCAGCCGAAUUGAGGCAGAGCUCUGCUGAGCCGCAGCUGGGCUGAGUUUGCAGCUCUCACUCUGCUGUUCUUUGCUCAGCAAUCCCCCCAUGCACCCCCACUACUUUGAGCAACGCUCGCGUGUUUGUGUGCUGAAAAAAGAGAUUUUUGAGGCAACGCUUUGCUAAGAAACAGAGCAUCAUCCUCGAGGUGCAGCUCUGUGUGAUGAAUGGCAGCACAGAAGCUGUCUGGCACAGCGGUGACGUGCUUCAUCCCAGGGCUGUGCUUUAUCACGGCACAGACUUAGCAGAGGUCAGCCUGCAAACCCAUCGUGUGCCUGCAGAUAGGAGCAGGCUCUGCUUUUCUAAUGCAUUCGGCCACGCUGGAUUUAUCCGUGGCAAUGCACGACAGUUUACCUGGAGAGAAAAUUAAUCAUUCACCACAGCUGUAGCCCAGAGCUGCUUAAACCUCCCCCCUUCCCCCUCCCCUGUGCUGCUCUGCUGAUGCACAUCAGAGCAUGAGGUGCUGCAGACCGGGGGGAGGAUGGCAGCUGUUGACCUCAUCUGGUUUUUUUGCCCCUUUCCCUUUGGCUGCUGGAUGGGAUGCAGCUCUGCUGCUUUGUGCUCCUUCGACCCUGUUAAAUCCGUUGGGUUUUGUGCUUGAAAGUGAUGUGAUUUUGAUGGAUCUCUGUCCACGUGCGCUUUGCUGAUGCUUUUCAUCGCUGUCCUUUGAGUCACGCUUUCAGAUGAAAAGCAGGAGCUGAAGGAGUGUGGAAGUCACCUUCAGUUGGUCCCCACAGAGCAGGCAGUGGGGUGAUGGGAUAACUGAGAAAGGGGCUGCAAAUGGGGACAAGUGGGAACAGUUCCAUCCCAGCGCAGGUGUGAGAGGCAGCAGCCUGCAAGGGCAGAGACAAACCUUGCUUUGUUCUAAUGGACGUUGUUACCCCAAUCUGGGGCACGCAGGUGGAGAUGCUCAGUGCAAAAAGCACCACCGUGCACGGUGGAUGAGCAGCUGCCUUCCCUCCUCCUGUUUGCCCUCUUUCUGUCUUCCUGUACUAAUUAAUCUCGUCUGCAUUGCUUAAUGGCCGGUCUGGGAGGGGAGAGGAAGGAAGGAGGGUUUGCAGCCAGAGCUGGAGCCUGUCCUCAGGGCUGCUGGCUGGAGCCUGGUGUGGCUCAUCACUGUGUCCCAGCGUCACAAGGGCUCAGCUCUGCAUGAGCUGCUGAGGCAGACGUGGAUCUGCAGGAUGAGCAGAGCUGCAGGCAGAGCCUAGGUGCCCCAUCAGCAGCAGGUGGAUGCUGACACCAUGGAGGUGGCCAACACCAGGGAUUUCCAAUGGAAGACCCUGGCCCCGCUGCCCAGCCGCCGGGUCUAUUCCACGCUGGUGGAAGUGGGUGGGCAGGUGUUUGCCAUCGGGGGCUGCGAUGACAACGGUGUCCCCAUGGAUUGCUUUGAGGUCUAUUCCCCCGAGGCUGACCAAUGGACGUCGCUGCCCCCCAUGCCCACUGCCAGGGCCGGGGUGGCUGUGGCCACGUUGGGCAAAAGGAUCAUGGUGAUCGGGGGUGUGGGGGCCAACCAAGCGCCUCUGAAGAUCGUGGAGAUGUACAACGUGGAUGAAGGCAAGUGGAAGAAGAGGAAUUCGCUGAGGGAGGCGGCCAUGGGCAUCUCGGUGACGGCAAAAGACUACAGAGUGUAUGCAGCUGGUGGGAUGGGAGCUGACCUACGACCACACAACUACCUGCAGCACUACGACAUGCUGAAGGACAUCUGGGUGUCCCUGGCAGCCAUGCCCACAGCACGGUAUGCAGCCACCUCCUUCCUGAGGGGCACCAAGAUCUACGUGCUGGGGGGAAGGCAGUCCAAGUACGCCAUCAACGCCUUCGAGGUCUUUGACACGGAGACCAGAUCAUGGACCAAGUUUCCCAAUAUCCCCAAUAAAAGAGCUUUCUCCAGCUUCGUGCCCACCGAAGACAAACUGUUCAGCCUUGGGGGCCUGCGGCAGGGCCGGCUCUACAGGCAGCCCAAGUUCAUGAGGACUGUGGAUGUGUUUGACUUUGAGCAAGGUGGCUGGAUGAAGAUGGAGCGCUCCUUCUACCUGAAGAAACGGCGAGCAGACUUUGUGGCUGGCUACCUGAAAAGCAGAGUCGUCGUGGCUGGGGGACUGGGAAACCAGCCGACCGUCCUGGAGUCUGCAGAAGCUUUCCACCCUGAGAAGAACAAAUGGGAGAGCUUGCCCCCCAUGCCCACCCCACGCUGUGCCUGCUCCAGCAUCGUGCUCAGGGGCUGCCUGCUGCUAGCAGUCGGUGGGGUGAGCCAGGGGUUGAGCAGCGCGGUGGAAGCCCUUUGCCUUUCUGAUUCCUAGCAGGGGCCCUGUGGUCCCCUCUGGUCUCCUACAGAGCUGCUGGGGGGGAAACCCAGAGGAAGGGAUUGUUUGCAGUGUUUGCGCUGUGUGUCCUGCCAGCAGGAAGGGCUCUGCAGGGUGUGAUGAGGGUGAGCAUCUCCCUGCUGCCCCCAGAACCCAGCACAGGUUUGGAGGGAUCAGCCAGGUGAGAGUCGGAGUGGGGAGAGCAGAAGCGAUGCCCUCCUUGGGUGCUCGGAGGUCCGUGUUUUCUCUUUGGUGUGCAGGAAGGGAAACUCCAAAUCUGUAUCCAGGUGCAGGAGAUUGUUCUUUUGCCUUUGUAGCAAGGCUUUUCCUGCAGGCCCAUAGCUGUGACUGUCACUUUGCCAGGAGCUGGAGCAAGGAGCUGCCCGUGCUCCUGGCAGAGGGGGGAAGGGGGGGGAUGAAUGCCCAAAGGACUGCUUUGGUGAGAAGCUGGGUGUUACUUUUGGUGCAGGUGUAGCACAAAAAUGCCUUUGCAGGGUUUCACGCAGAAAUGGCCUCCGCUUAGAUUUUAGUUCCUAUAAUUAUUUGGGAUCUUCUAUUCAGUCGUGGGAGAAAGGAACAAAAAGGAGCCCUGCCUCCAGAGUACUGGGCAAAGGUUUUCCCAUAGCUUUGAUCUAUAGGGAGGCCAGGGAGCAACAUCCAUGGCUUCUGUUUGGUUUCAUUCCUUCAUAUGGGAGGGUUCGAGCUACCGACUGACACUCCAAGCUUUGUAGCAUCAUUAAAAGCUGCACCCAGAAAACCCAUUCUGUGCUAUGGGCUAUGACUGUAGGAACAGGCAGGACCGAGGCUGAAAAAAGGGGCAAAAAGGGGGGCAACUCAGGCCGCUGUGCCGGAGCUCAGCGCUGUGUCCCAGCAGGGAUGCGACCCUUCUUCCUUGCAGCCCAUCCCAGCCCCGUUUCGGGGACGGCGGAGCGCGGGGGACACCGUGCGGCCAAAGCCGCCAUCGCAGCGCUCACUGGGGCCCCAGUGAGCCCCGAUCCCCCCCACCCCCGUGGUUCCAUUCUCUCCCACCGGGCCGGGGUCCGCCGGUACCUCCAGCCCUGGUUGGAGCGGACCCGACUGCGGGCUUUGCUGGACGGCAGAGAGCGAGCGGAGCUCCCGAAGCGCAGCUCUGACAGAUCCGAAAAUCUCUUUGUGAUCUCAAAGUGGAGAUGAAAGGGGAAAAAGCAGCGACUCGGCGGCGAACAACCCGCUCGCUAAUGAUUUACAUCCCGCCUGCUUGUCUCUGGCGAGGCGCAAGAGGAGCAAACAGCUCCUGCCCCAUCCCCUGUCGUGUUCCCAUCUGUGCUCUGUUUGUUUAGGCGCUGCGUUUCGGGAGGUUGUGCAAACAGCAGGAGGGAGCUUUGCAUCCAAAACGUUGCUCUGUCUGGGGGGAUUUGGGGCUGGGAGCGCUCACUCUGCAUGCACACAGCGUGCUGACCCCAGGGUAGCGCAUCCCUUUGAGAAGCAGAGGAUGGGAGGGAGCAAACUCUCUUUCCAGCACAAACCCCGCAUCUCAUGGCACAGCAGAGCUCCGUUUCAGCCGCCUCUGCACAGCUGAGAGCCUCCAACCGUUAACGAAGUGUUUUCCUUUGUCCUUAAGGAACCUUUCCCACACACUGCACGGCCCCGUUUGAUCCCCUUUUUCCCAUCCCCAGGUUAUUGCAGCGGGAUCCGGCCCUGGGCUCCGCGUUGCCUUUGUUCAGCUGGAGCAAGGGGAGGAGGGACCCGCUGCCUUUGUCUGCCUGCAGCACAGCUGGGGGCUGCUCCUUGGCUUUCUCCUUCCAGAAACGCUGCAGAGCGAGGCAGACAAAGCAGCGCCAUGGGAAUAAACCCGUCGUAGGACUUAAUGAAGAGAUGUCAGUGAGCGGGGACGAGGCGGGGGGGAGAGGGGGAGGAUGGAGACGGUCAGUAAUCAAAGCUGGAGAUGUGCCGAGCAUGUAGAGAGGGAGAGAAAGAGGAGCUCCUGAAGCAGCAGCACAGCAAGGAGCAGGUCUGGGUCAGCCGCUUUGUAGCGAAACCCAGCUCUCAUUAACGGAGCCAAUCCCACUGUCUGCAGCCAGCAGCAGUCGCCCUGUGGGGCUCAGCACUCGCCGUGGGAGUGCUUUCCCCAUGGCUGUGUUCAGGAAGGAGCUGCAGAGCCUUCAGACUCUUCCAGUCACCUCCACUGUGCUGUGCUCCCAGCUGACAUUCGCUUGGAGACCUCUGUGUCUGAUGGAGCUGUGAUUUCCCCGUUAAAAAACAUUGUUUGCUGUUUAUCAUUGGGUCAUAAAUGGCUUUGUUGACUCAGAGAGGUAACCGAGGAGUGGGAAGGGACACAUCUGUGGUUACUUAGUGGUGAGAGAUAGGGUGAGUUAUCCGUAUGCCAAGCUCUGCCCCAGUGCAGCAUCACAGCUCUCAGCAUCCAAAGCACAGCAUCUGCAGCCUCCUCCGAGAGCACUGUCCCCUCCCUGGCUGCUCUCAGCUAUGGGAAAUCCCACAUCCAUUCCGUGGGCUGUGAUUCCCUUACAGGAGCAGGGGAAAUCCUGUGGGUUUCUCCACCCCUCAGCAGCUCAGUGCUGGCACUCACUGCUUCCGACACGCUGCCAGACACACGAGUGGGAGGAUUCCAUCUCUCCUCGGAUGGUUUCCACAGCUGCACCUUGCAUCCUGCAGCUCUGCUUUGCUGCUGCGGGAAACAGGAGGCUGCAGGAGGUGAUAAAACAAGGGGGCUGUGCCUGCCUCGGAGGUGACGGUGGGCCAGGGAUGGGGAGCAGGGAGGUGAUUCAUUCAGGUGCACUCUCCGUGCGUGGGGUUGGUUUGUGUUUAAGGCAUUGCUGUAGGUAUUCUGGUUGAGCAGCGCUUCUCCUGUUCGCCUCCCCCUCUGGGUGCUUCACGAACGGCAGAUGGCAUCCAUGGGCUGAGCCAGCAGCACCUGCUGCUGUGUGACCCUGCCCUGCUGCUGGAAGGGGCUCCAAUGGGCUGCCAGGGCUCUGCUAAAGGCAUCCAGCAGAUCCAAGGGAGUUUGCAAGCAACUCCACGUGAAAAGAAAAAAAAAAACAAACGCCAAAGGAUCUUGCAAAUAACUCGAUGUGAAAAGGACGUUAUGCAUCUCCCCUGAGCAGGCAUUGCCUCUGGGUCCCAACGCCUCACAGCUGCUGUGGCAGGGCUGAAUUCUGCUCCUCUGAGCAGAUCUUAUUGCUGCUGCACAUGGUGUGUGUGGUUGAAUCCUACCCACACUGCUGAGCUGUGCCAUGGAUCAUUCUGGCUUGGAUAGCUGCAAAUUUUCUUUCCCCAGAUGCACACUGCAUCUUUCCUGUGGGUGAUGCUGGUUAUUCCACCUCUGGCACAGACAGACCCCAUUGUGGCUGGAGGGACAGAGCAAAACCCCAGCAUGGAGCCCCGUGACCCAACCAGGGGCUUUGGAUUGUGAGGAACAGGUACAGCAGGAUGAGCCCUCAGUUCUGCAGGGCAGCCUAGCAGAAGUGUCCCAAGUGGGUUUGUGCUGCGUUCUGACAGCACUGCACACAGCUACAACACCCAGCAGGCUGCUGCUGCUGCUUGAACGAGCAGAGAUGCUCCAAUCCAUGCGCUGCACAGCUCCACGAGCAGCAGACAUGCACCAGGUGACAGCACACAACCCUGGCUGCUCGUUCCUCCCUGAGCAGCACUCCUGGUAUGCUGGGCAGGGCGUCCCGAAGUGCCUGAAAGCAAAUUGCAAUCAGCGAUCAUUGUUCAGGGGCAGGAAUUCAAUGCAUCUCACCUCAUCUCACAUCGGGAGGGCUGCUGCUGUCAGUCUGACACUGACAAGCAAUUAAGAUGCCAAUUCAGUAGCGGGCACGCUUAGGCUUUGGCACAGAAGACCUGCUGAUGACAAAGCACAUUUGCUGAAGUUGGCCUGGAGGUUGCUGUGGCUGUUGCAAAUGGUGCUGCAAAGGGAAAUGUUUUAGGAAUAAGUGGGUUACGACCCGGCUUCCUUUCUGAGAUACACAGAUAAUUUGAUCUGCCUUGCAGAGCCGUUGUCAGCCGAGCCAUUGCGGUUUUCCAGCUCUGAAUGGCACUCAGCAAAUCGUGCAGCCGACUGCUGCCGUGUCCCCAUCUGAACUCCCAAUUCCCCAAGUUGUGCUUGCUGAAAGGAGGGCUGAUCCAGCACUGAGUGGUGCUGCUGCUGAUUGCUGUGCUGGUGUUGUUGCCAACGAACGUCGCCGCUGUUGUCCUCAAGCAGGCUUUGUCUGCACAGACAGGAAACUUCUUGAAAGCAAACUCUCUUAUGUCUGGCUGCAGAGCAGAGAUCUGCCUGCAGAGCUCCUGUGUCUCGUGUCAGACCCGUAGCGUGCACAGCAGUGUGCUGCUCUGCUCCUGCUCACAGGGAGACCAUCCCUGGGGUCAGCGCUCCCUUUGCUCAUCGACCAACCCUCCCCAAAUGGGGACCCAGCGUGGAGUUGUGUGUGAAUGCUGUCACACUACUUCCUAGAAUCAUAGAAUCACAGAAUGACCCGAAAAGGACCACAGUGAAAAUCUCAUUUCAACCCCCCUGCUGUGUGCAGGGUCGCCAACCACCAGACCAGGCUGCCCAGAGCCACAUCCAGCCUGGCCUUGAAUGCCUUCAGGGAUGGGGCAUCCACUGAGAAAGCUGGGGUGGAGCUCCUCCACUGGGCACUGGGGUCCAUCUGUCACUGUCACCACUGUGCCCCCAUCAGCUCCCCAACCCCAGUGACAUCCCUGCCCAGCCACCAGCAGACACAGCCUCCCAUUGUGCCCACAUGCAGUGGACGUUGAGUCACAACCAUGAGAUACAAAGGCUUCCAGCUUUUUUGGAGGGGAGUUUGCUUAUUUUUGUUAGAAACAGCUCAGCUUUUCUGCAGCCCUAUGGGCGGCCCAUUGCUGGUAGCUCAGCCCUUGCCCCUACUUUUAUUUCUCUUCUGGAUGUUCUUCACUUCUUAAACUUCUGUACAUAAAGCUGCUCAGAGCAAUGCA